CUUCUUCUCCUAAAUCUCCAUUAUCAAAACACCUAUUGCACCUCUUAUUUGACUCUUUUGUACCUUCGUUUGCGUGUGAAAUUAGAUAUACAAAUAUUAGGGCUAUACAUCCUCCGAUUGAUGAUGUUUCAGUUUUACACACAGCAUGAUGUGAAAUUGCUGUUUUGAAUUGGUGAAAAGUGUUUGUGUUUGAUCGGUUGUUGUUUGCAGAUGGUGAAAUAUAUACAAGGAUCCGUUGAUUAAGAGGUGUAUAAGUUAUAUAAUGCGAUUGUGAUUGUUCAGUUUUUCGAGGUGUUUUUCAAGUUGAUAGAGGAGAUAAGAGACUGCUAAUAGUGACUUGUGUGUUGAUCUGUAUUCAUCCUGUGUGCAUGUUAAGCGAGAUCCAAUGAAAAAGGCUGAUGUAAUUUCCGAUAAACUUAACGGUGUUAAAACUUUGGUUAAGGAUAAAACACGUGAAUACAAACAGAAAACAACUAGUGAAACAAGCAACUCAGAGAGUACAAGUUCAAGCUACAAUGCUUUAUUACCUGAAAAUGCUAAAAAUAAAGCUAAUAUGAAGGCUAGUCGUAUAAACAAGUUCAAUGAUGGAGCAACCAUGUCUGAUGAUGCUGAUGACGAUAACAGAUUAAGAAACAAUGAAGGGUCACGUAAUUAUCUCCAUGCAGAAAAAUCUUCACUUAGAUCUGAUGAAUAUGAGAAUAAAAAGGUUAGUGUAGGAAAACGCCAAGAUAAAGAAGUGGGACCCAUUAGUGAUGGUGAUGAUCCACAUGAAGAACAUUCAAAACCUCAAGAAGAAGAAACAUCUUCGCAAAGUCCUCAUACAGAUGGCAGUGAUGAAUCAGAUGUUGUGGAGCAUGAUGUUAAAGUGUGUGAUAUAUGUGGAGAUGCGGGGCGUGAGGACUUACUUGCUAUAUGUUGUAGGUGCCCUGAUGGUGCUGAGCACACCUAUUGCAUGAAAGUAAUGAUAGAUAAAGUUCCCGAAGGUGAUUGGUUAUGUGAAGAAUGCGAAAUGGAGGAAACUAAAAUCACAAAUCGACAAAAGAACAACACAGAGACUUCAUUCGAAAAAGACCAGUCUUCCGAUUCAGCAGUUGUGAAAGCAUCUGGAAAAAGACGUGCGGACGAAUUAGAGUCUUCUUCGUCGUUUAAAAAACCAACUCUUGAGAUCCCAGGGUCAAGUAAAGACGUUGAGCGUGGGAAAGUGAAACCGAGCCAUCAGUUUUCUUCUGAUUCUCAUAUUGGUAGUGAGUCUACAGAAGGGUCACAUUCUCCCGCUAAACGCCCACGGUUACAAUCUUUACGAGGUGCGUUUUCCAAGUCGAGCUCUUUCAGUUUCCCAAACGCAAAGUCGAAAACUAAACUUGUAGAUGAAGCUGUUCUCAAAAGGCAGAAAUCAACAAAAGAACGUUCUUUUCACGAUACAAUAGCACCCAAAGAAAUGUCAAAAUCUGUGUCAUUUAGAUCUACAAACUUGGGGGGGCGUUUUGGUCCAAGUGGUUCUAAAGUUAAAAUGCUAUCUCCAAAUUCGGCUCAUGUUCAGGAUCUUAGAAGUCCAAUAAACAAAAAAGAAAGGAGUUUCGAAAGGACUAGUUCAGUAAAGUCAAAUACUUCCAGUUCUGCUGCUUUGACUCCAAAAGGUGAUAGGAUGUUAUCAUCUCGUGGUGAAACUAAUUCGGUUUCCAACUCUGAAGCAAAAGUGUCGAAGGGUGACUGUAAAACUACUUCGGGAUUGAAAUCAAACAACCGUUUGGUUAAUAUAGGUGCAGAAACUUUGGUUUCUCAAGGUCAACUUGACAAGCAGUUGCCGUCAUCCCCCACUAAGGUUGUAACUGCGUCUAGUGGAGCUAUCAGUUCUGUUGAAGAUAAGCCUACUGACAAUUCAUCAAAAGCAACAUCUAAAGAAUCAACUAAUCUUGCUGAAACGGUUAAGGAAAAUACAACAGGUGUAACUGUAAACGCUGGCACAUCUGGUGUUUCUGGCCAGAACAAUAAACAAACGAAAAUUUCAAAAGAUGGGAAAAACGGAGAGAACAAGUUAAAGGACGCAAUCGAAGCCGCAUUGCUUAAAAAGCCCGGAAUAUAUAGAAAGAACAAAACAUCUGAUCAACCUGAUGAAUCGUCCAUCCCGACCGUGAAUAAUGAAGCAGCCAUUGUUGACCGUGCACCACAUUUAAGAAAUGCAGGGAGUUUGACUUCUGCUGAGGUGUCACCACCUGAUUGGCAUGGACAAAUUUCACGAAAUUCCAGUGUUGAUCAUUCUAAACAGUCAAAUGGUAACAACCAUAAGCCGUCCAUGAUACUCCCUGCUGAAGGAAGGCAUUCGACAACUGGACUCUUCAACUAUGAUAAUGUGGCAUUGUCUUCUCUGUCAAAGAAUUCAGCUAUUCCCGAUCAUGAAUGCAUCUGGCAGGGAAGUUUUGAGAUUAAUAGAAGUGGUAAAAUGGCUGAAUUUUGGGAUGGUUUACAGGCUCAUUUGUCAACUUGUGCAUCACCUAGAGUCUUUGAAGCCGUGAACAAAUUUCCCCAUAAAAUUCUUUUAAAUGGGGUAUCACGUGUUAGUGCCUGGCCCACACAGUUUGAAAAUAGUGGCGUAAAAGAGGACAAUAUUGCAAUAUAUUUCUUUGCUAAAGAUCUUGAGAGCUAUGAGAAAAGCUACCAAGUUUUAUUAGAUGAUAUGAUAAAGGGUGAUUUAGCGCUUAUUGGAAGUAUCAACGGGGUUGAACUUUUAAUAUUUCCAUCCAAUCAGCUUCCAGAAAAGUCCAACCGUUGGAAUAUGUUGUUCUUCCUUUGGGGUGUGUUCAGAGGAAAGAAAAAGAAUCCAUCGAAUCAGAUUCUUGAUAAAUCAGAAAAAAGUUGUGUUCCUCAAUCUGUUUCGUCAAUCUCAACUGAUAAAAUACCAGUGGCUGAGAAUGCAAGUUUGAUCGGGCUGAAUCAAAUUCCAAAUAAUCCAGCAAAAAGUUGUGCUCAGAAUGCAAGUUUGAUCGGGCUGAAUCAAAUUCCUAAUAAUCCAGCAAAAAGUUGUGCUCAAUCCGUUUCAUCAACCGCAACUGGUAAAAUACCAUUGGCUGAGAAUGCAAGUUUGAUUGGAUCUAUUGAAAAGGAUAACCAUGUCGAUUUGGAGUCAAAAGUCAACUCAAAGUUGCAAAACCUGUCGGCCGAUAGUGUUAAUGUAGCUCCAGCUAGUAGCAAAGAGAUAGUUCCAGAAAUCCAUUUGCAAAAAAACGAGCCAAAAAAACGUCCAUUUAUUGAUCUUUCAGAUGAUGUUGACUUUGAUGGUACAAGUCAAAUAAACACAUGGCGUGAUGUGAGUGGUCGGAUGGCAGAAGAGGGAAACUUUAGCAAGAAGCAAAAGAGUGAUUUCAAUGGACAAGAUAGUGUUUUAGAUAUUGGGAAGACCGAUGCGGGAAAUAGUAAUGGUGAAAGAUAUUUCUUUCCUAUAGAAAGAGGAAAGGACCAACAAAAAAAACCCGUGUUCACUUUGGAUUUAAAUGAAGAUGUUACUACAUAUUUAGGUGGAGAUGAUGAUAAUAUAAUAAUGCCGGAAAAGGAUGAUGAUGAUGUGGCGUCUUUAUCACUCUCGCUUGCAUUUUCACCGCCAGAUGAAGAUAACGAGGAUAACAGGGGUAAAGGUAAGUGGCAGUCGGGUACUUCUAUGGUUCGUUUUAGAGAUAUGGUAGAUAAGUAAGUAGCGAACGGUGAUGAUGAUAGAUACAUAUAUGAUACACAGGGGUUUGUGAAUAAUGGUUUCUUGCCAGCCCUUUUGGAAGGUACUUUUAUAGAUGUUUUUGUGUUUGUUACUCAUGAAAUGAGUUUUUGCCUUUUGGUUAGUU